AUGUGGAUCCUGGAAAAUGAAGAGGGUAUUCUCGAGCCAAUCUACCAGCAAAGUGAGCCUGAAGAAGGUAUUGGUGGGUAUGAGCUACAAUCAACUUCAGAUAGAGUGAUUGCUUAUGAAUACAACGGCAAAGGGAGUGCGGGCUAUGUGCUUCUGUACCGUCCUGGUACAAGAACAAUGUGGAUGUAG